AGCGUUUCCAGGAAAUGGUCAGUAGGGGCGGGGCGAGGGCCCGCGUGGCUGACUCCUCCCUUGUAAUACAACAGCAGAGCCGAUCAAAGGACAGAUAACUCCGAGCGCGUGCGGACUAUGAGGGUCUACAAGACACUGGACAGUUCCAAAAUGGCUUGUCUCGCAUCCCUCAUCCUGACAGUCGUUUUCGUGGUGGUGGACGCCCAGGACCUCCACUGUGAUCCACACACCCAGUUCGAAAAGAAUGGAGAGUGCUGCCAAAUGUGUCCUCCAGGUAACAGAAUGCAUCCUGACAGUGGCUGUAAUGACCCUGUCUGUGUUCCCUGCAUCAAAGGAGAAUACCAGGACAAAUACAACACAGAGAACACGUGCAGAAACCAGCCGUACUGUGACCCCAACAAAAACUUUAAGAUCCCGGUCAACCUGGAAACCACCGUGAAGUACGUCUGCUCGUGCAAAGACGGCUUCCACUGCUCCACCGCCGACUGCAUCACCUGUGUGGCUCACACUCCCUGUGCUGUGGGCUUCGGAGUUCAAACUAAAGGCAGCCACGCGUCUGACACCGUGUGUGAAAAAUGUCCAGACGGAACGUUUUCCAAUGAGAGCUCAACUGAAGACGCCUGCAGGAAGUGGACGGAAUGCGGGGCCGGGUACUACGCUGAGAAAGUCGGAACAGAUCGCUCCGACAACAUCUGCGCACAUAGUCGUGUCCAUGUGAUAGCCAUAGUCCUUGGAGUCUUGUCUCUGGUUGCUGUUGUAGUUGGAGUUAUACUUUGCCGUUUAUACAGAGGAAGAUCAGGAUCCAUGAGUGCAAAGGAACCUACUUGCGUUGAAUGUUUGGGACCACAAGAGUACAGACCCACCCCCAUCAUACAAGAGGAGACGAAGACGCCGGUGGAAAACGACGACAUCGGAAUCACGGAGAACGGGAACUGCGUUGCCCAGGAGGACGGGAACGCCAUAAAACUGUCCCGCCAGGAGUCUCAGAUGGACACAACAACUGAACAUUCCACCUUAUUCUCAUCCUCCUCUGAGAGACUGGAGUCCUACUAACACUUCCAUCGUGGCCACUCACUCAAGACUACUUUGUGUCAUAUCUGCACACGGCCUCCAGCCAAUGAGAGCGCUGGAAACAAAUGAGAAGAAGUCUCAUAAGUGUUUUAAAGACUCCAUUUUUAGACUGGACCAGGACGUUAAACCAUGAAAGUUACUUGUGAUGUCCUCACAUGGACGAGUACCCCACACUUCCCAUAAUUCCUGACGACAUCUUCUCUGAACGAGCAGAACAUGUGAACCCACAGCUGAGAUGAAGAAUCAGGAAGCUAGUAUUGACUGCAUAACUGUAUUUAUGUAAAUAUAAAUUAUAGAAUAAACUAUGACUAUAGCUCAUUUCGGUGCGAGGAUGCAUGUCUGUAUAUUUAGUCUUUACUCUAUUGAAUGAAAUGUCUGAAUAUGGUUCCUGUCAAACACAUAAGAACCCUAAACUUGUUUGUAUUAUAUUGACUUAUGCACUAUUUUUGUCAUCAUUUGUUCACAAUUGUUGUUUUUUGUCAUUUCUGUUCGUCUUUUAUUAAAAUAUGUUGUAAAGGGA